AUGCCAUGCCAAUGGGAACACGACAUGACCAGCGGGUCCAUGUGUUCUCUUGUGAGAUCGUUCCGCGGAAUGGGGAUUGCAUGGGUAUUUACAUCCCACAGGAUAGAUUUUUUCGGUAUGAGCUAACCACACAGAGCAUCACUGUUCGUCUAAGACGUCUAAGGUGUCGAACCCGUGCACGGCCUCUUGGUAGUAAGGAAAGUUAUAUGGCAUGUACAAUUUAUGAGCGUUGCUGAUGUUCCCCACGUAUAGCAAUUCCGUGAUCACCUUUUCCUUUUAUAAAGUCCACUGUUAAUGAUUCCACAACUUGACAAUCUGAUGAGACUAAUUUUUGGAAUGUCAUUUGAACUAAUGUGUUGACACAGUACAGAACCCUUAAUCGCUUCCGAAACAUUCAUUGUUUCUGGUACAUCGUUACUUAGUUAAGGAAUAUGUGUUAAGUUGUUGUAGGUGGUACAUCUAAGUUUAUUGUGCCAAUCUUCCACAGUUCUUGAAGAGUAGUAAGACUAGCAAAAACUUCUUUUGUUACAUUAUUGGAAAUGACACUAACUGUUUUUAAUAGUGUUAAUAAGUGCACCUAUCAUGCUGUUGCCUCAUUUGGCCAGAUUUAUUAUCACUGGUUCUUGUGGUACUUCUGCAUUCUUGAGAAUGUUUUUUUUUUUAUUUGUUCAUGCAUUGUCAACAACAAACUUACUUUUAUUAAAAUCAAUUGAUUUUUUUCACUUAAAUAUGCUUCAGUCAGAAAACUGACUUUUAUUUUUCUUGUCUUUAUUCUUGAAAAAAAAUUUCUCUUUAGGAUAAUUUCUUUUCUUAAAGAUUUCGCAUGGAAGGUAAGUAUUGUUGUUUCUUUUUUUAUACGCUUUGAAAGCCACAGCUUUUUUGUUGAUGUUAUUUAUUAAAAGAUCUUCUGUUGACAAUCUUAACUUUAAAAUAUCAGGAAUUUUAUCCCUAUCUGAAGCAGAAUUUCUGGCGCUUCUAAAUUUUUUGUUCUGAUCUGUUAGAAUGUUCAUGAUUUUUGUUAUUAUCAUGUCAUCACUAAUAUUUAAUCCUGUAGUUUUCAGCCCGAGGACAAUAUUUUUAAUGUUAGUCAUAAAAUCUUUUGGUUUGUAUCAGAUAUAGUUAAAGAAAUUUGUUUUUGUUGCACUGAUUUUUUGUCAUAGAUUUUUUUCAUGACAGACAUAUAUGUAUUUUGUAGUUUUACAUGUUCAAAUAUGUGUCGUGGCAUGUUGAUCAAUUGUUUAUAUUACAUUUACUUUAGCAUUCUUGGUUUACCACUUGUCUUUGGUUUUCUUAAUGGCUUCUGUGUACAAUAUUUCUUCAUCAAUGAAGACAACACAAAGACACUUUUGCACAAAGAAAUAUUUUCAUUUCAAAAUUGGUAUGAUUCUGCAUUUUUGAGUUUGAGAAUUCUAGACAGUUGAUUUUCUGUUGUCACAAAUAACAAAAUCAUGGAGGCUUACGUGCCUCACCUUGGUUAUGACAAUAGUGUCCAAUAUUGAGUACUAGAUAGGUUAUACUCGUUUAUCGAUGAAACAACCAAUAUUUAACAGUUAUAUAGGUAGUCUAGUUGUUAAGGCGUUAGGUGUAGAAAGGUUAGAUUAGGUUAGGGUCUCAGAUUCGAUACUUGGUGGUUAGGUUACACCUACGGCGUAGCAGUAAAACAAACUGACAUGUUUAAUACAAACUCCGAUAUCAUGAACACUAGAGAAGUGUUCUUCUUUAGUAUUCAUGUUUGAUAUCUUAAAUCAUUAUGAAUGAUGAUAAUAAUAUAGGGUGACCAGAUAUCAUGAACACUAGAGAAGUGUUCUUCUUUAGCGUUCAUGUUUGAUAUCUUAAAUCAUUAUGAAUGAUGAUAAUAAUAUAGGGUGACCAGAUGUGUCUUAUAAAAAAGAGGACAUUUUUACAAAUUAUUGUUCCUUUAUUGAUACUACUCACAAUACACACAACCGGUAUUAUAUAACUGUUCAUAUUGUAUUUUAGGAGUACACUAAAAUUAUUACUAAUAUGCAAAACAUUCGUGAAUUUUACACUAUUAGUUAUUACUUAUUACACUCAGUUAGCUGAUAAAAAUACAGUAGGUAACAUAUCAGCAUAAGAAGUUUAACUACCAAGGUGUACCUGCUAACUAUUAACUAUUAUCUAUAUCAGUUUCCUAAACUUUUAUGGUACGACCCAUUUUGGAAAUAAUUUAAAUUUUGGUGAUCCACAAUAAUAUCAAUGACCUUUUUUUUUUUUGGUUUAUUUUUCAUUUCUGCAGGAUGAUUCAUGAAAUUUGUUGAGUGGCAUAUUCUCAUUUGCAAGUAUAGAUCCAAUUUGUUAGAAAUUUUGUUCACAGGUAAAAAUAAAAGGCCAUAAUAUAUUUUAACUCAUACCUACAUUUCAUAAAUUUUCUCGUCUUUCUGAUUUAUUGAGAAAACUCUUAGGAAAAUCUAAAAUGACCUCCAGUCAUUUCCUUUCAGAAAAAGUGGUACCAUUAUAAAUCUGAGUAAAACAGCUGGUAGAAAAAAUGUUCACAGGUAAAAAAAUAUUAUAAUAUUUUGUCAGUUAUUUUUCUGUUUUUAUAAUAUAUUGAGAAAAAUCUUGGGACAAUAAAGAAAAGAUCUUUUUAAAGUACCUCCCCAGUCCAAUUUCCUUUUAGAAAAAUUGCUUUAAAGUGCCUGUAAAUCAGAGCAAGAUUUCUAAUAGAAAUGUUUUCCAAGGAUAAAAAAUAAUAAUUAACAUAAUUGUAAAGCCAAUAUUUCCUUUGCUCCACUUAGAAUCAAAAAAAAUGUAUUAUUUAAAAAUAUAAUGUGAUCCACUAAAAAUAUGAUCGUGACUCAUACUUUUGGAACUUCUAACCUAUAUAGUAUAUCUAUUGGCAGUAUAUCACUUAGAGUAAUAAUAACUUGAUAAGGUAUAUCAUCACGGUUUACUUUAAUUUUGUGCUAAGCUUCUAAAGUACUAUAAACAUGGUUAUAUAUUCUAUCAUUGGAAAAUAUUGAUAAACACUUUAUAUAAAAAAUUAUAUAAUUAUAAUUAUAAUAUAUAUAAAUUAUUAAUUUUAUAUUAAUAAUGCAUAUAUAUACUAAUAUAAAUUUACUUUAUAUCUUGUGUUAUAAUAUCUUAUGGUUUUUAUAGUCCAUUAAAUAUUCUGUUUGAAUAGUUCUAAUAAUAUUAAUAAGCAAAGGUAGAUACAUUUUAUGACAAUAUCACAUUAUCACCCAUAGUUAGAAUUUAUUUACUUACCUACCCUAGCAAGGUGAAUUUAUAAUAUAGAAACAAAAAAUACGUGUACAAAAAAAAAAUAGAGGACAUUUUGAAAUUUUUAAACAUAGAGACUGGACGAACGAGUACAUCCAUAAAAAGAGAACAAGCCAUCGUAAAAGAGGACGUCUGGAUGUCUGAUCACCCUAUAAUAAUAUAAUGAGUAAAUGGGCAGCAUUAAAUUUAAAAAAUAGUUAUCGUUUCUUAACAACAGUUUAUCGAAGACUCAUAUUAUAUUCUUAUCAUAGUUCGUAUGAUAAGAAAACAGUAUAUUAUCUUUAAUUAUGGUCAUAAUAUUGAUCAUAGAUCAGUAUAAUUAUUUUAUGGUGUGAUACUGUGAUAAUAUAAUGUAGUGUUGCUUAAUAUUGUAUAAGUGAUAUACAACGUACAACUGUAUGCUGUUAUGUUUAAAUUAUGUAACGAUAAAGCAUAAUUAUUUGAAUUUAAAAUUUUUCAAGCUUAAACCUGGACUAUGGAAAACUUCAAGAAAAAUUUUGAUAUCGUAAAUUAUCUUUUUUAUUUCUAUAAUACAAAAUCGCUGCCUCUACGUUUUAUACUCGACUGGGAUACAAAUGAUAAAUUUAUCUUCACUAUAUUAAAUGUGAGUGUAAUUGUUUGUCUUUCUUUUUUCCAAUGGAAAACCUGUUCUUGUAGUACUUGGUUGUAAACCUAAAUGCACAACAUUAAAUAUCUAUGAUGAAAUAUUGCUUCUUCAUAGAAAUUUAAACAUAAACUAAUCUUUGUUGGAACAUUUAUUUAUAUUUAUUUUAAAAUGUUACUACAUAUUUGAGAGUUCUGUUGACAGCGUUUGUUCGCAGACGUGCUUGAUUACAAUGCUAUUGAUUGGACUGAUCAUUCCAUGGUAUUAUCAGAGCCAGAUACUUGUACAUUUUAUCACCCUCAAAUACCAGCAUUUAAUAUAAAAUAUAUUCAAGACUGUUUAGAAUUUAAAGACUAUCCUGAUCCAACUAAAUAUGUGUACGUAUUUAUAUUAUAUUAUAAGAAACAGUAAUUUAAUCGUUAAUCGUUAUAUAUUUUAUGUAUUACCUAUAUAAUGAGAUUUUCCAGUUUUGCCAAUUUUACUUACCUAUUUAUCUUAUUUUUAAUACAUAUAUCAUAUUUAUUGUUAUUAAAUUUAUUUUGACUGUUAUUAUAAUUACAAAUUGCAUAAGAUGGAUAGUACAUUUUUACUCCAUUCACCAAGAGAAUUCAUAACAAAACAAAAUGUACACAGUCUAUAACAAAGAUAUGACACCUAAAAAAAAUUUUGUUCAAUUUAAACAUUUUUAAGAUUUUUUUUUAAUAGUUACUUAUUAUACUCUGUUUCAUGAGAGAACACAAUUAGCUCAUGCUCAUCACAUAAAUUCUCAAUUGCGUAGCAACUAGUACGCUCUGUAAGUUUAGUGGUGGGAAUGUAUGGAAAUAAAUAAAUUUUAAAUCUUGAGCUUUUGUAAAAACAAAUUUUUUAUUUUUAGUCUUAAAAAAUAUAAACUAGAGGGAUCAUAGCGCAAGGUUCUGGAAAUUAUUACAAGAAAAAAAAUUAAAAAUACCCAUUUAACAAAACAAGUUAUUUUUGGUGUUAAAUCUUCUUCAUGUUACACUGUGUAUAUUAUGUAUUGAUUGUAUAAUAAUAAACUAUUAUUAAGUUGUGUUUACUUCAGACAUCAUUACCAGGGUGAUAAUAUAUUGUUUUUUACUCUUUUUACUGAAAAGUAGGCUUUCUGAUCUCAGUUUGAGAAUGCGCUUUAAAGUAUUAACUUUUUACUACAAUUUUUACCUAAUAAAUUUUAGAAAAUUGGAAAGAAAUAAUUUCUACUUGAGUAAAUCUAACUGCCUAAAAUAAAAUAGAUGAACAAAUUGUGGUAAAUAAUAAAAAUACAAUAAUAUCCCAUUGCAAAACGUGUGGAAAAAUAGCAGUAACCAACAACUUUGUUGUUGGUUUAUGUAUAAAAUAUAAUACUUAAACUUAAUUGUAAUAAUUUUUUUUAUUAAUAAUUAAUAGUACCUGAUAAUUUGUUUUAAUAACUUGAUUCUUUCUUGUGAAUUUUUGAAUACUUACUGACUAAUAUUAUUAUUAUUAUUAUUUGUUAUUAUAGAAUUAAAAAGUCAUGUCCUGUUACAUAUACCAAAAAAGAAAUAAUGGAUUGUUGGUUUCAUCAUAAUGUCACAUGGUCUAACUUGAAAAAACCUCGAUCAGCACUACCAUUAGUUAAUGAAAUUCAUCCGAGUAAAAUUCAACAUACAUUGUCUACAAGUGGAGAACAUAAUUCUGACAGGUAUAUUGUAAAACGUACAAUGUACAAAUAUAGUAAAUAUUUAAUAUAUUUUACUAAAUCCUACACAUAUUUUUGUUUAAAAUUUCUGUUUUUUAAAUCUAAAUCUAAAAGUUGCCCCUAUUAAAACAAUAUUUAGGCUUUCUUAUUAGUAGGAAAUAAUAAAACAAAAACUGUAUUAACUUUAUUUUUCAUUUCAGUUAUUUAAUACCUAAUAAAAUAUUUUUAAUAUUUUAUAAAAUAUACAUAUACGUAUUAUUUAUUUGAAAUAUAAAUAAGCUCAUUAAAUCAAUUCUAAAUUCUAAUCAAGUUGUUUUAGAGGUAUUCAAAUUCAUACAAUUUUGCUUAUUUAUUAUUUAAAUAAUGAAUAUGUCAAAAUAGAAAAUAAAAAAAAGAGAAAAUUGGCCGAAUUUAUAGGCAAAAUAAGAAAGUUUACAUUGUUCAAGAAUUGUGGUCUUAAAUUGAAUUAUGCAAAGAACAUAAAAUUAUUACUUUUAUUAAUUAUUAUUUAUUAAAAAUUAAUAAUUGAAUAUUUAAUAUAUUUUAAUAUGCAUAACUUCUAAUGUUUAUCUAUGUCAAAUUAUAAACUUAAUGUAUUAAUUGUUAAAGUAAUAGUAUUUAAUAUCUAUUAUUCAGUUAGGUUCACUUAGGUUCUGAUAACCAUUUAGAUUUGAUCUCAGGGCCGUGGUCAAGGUGUUGGAUUUGUUCAAAUUGUAAACAACCUAGACUUUUAAUAAAAUUGUAAUAACUAACGGCCAUAUUAGCUGAAGUUGUAAUAUAAUAAAUAAAUAAAGUAUAAAUAAUUUGUAAUUUAUGUUAAUUUCUCAAAAGUUUUAGCUCCUUGUCAGAUACAGGCGAUUUAUUUAGAACAUGUUCUGUAUCUUCAUCAAGACCAGCUUUAAAGAAGAGAAAGUAAUGAUACUAUUUAUAUUUGUCACUAAAUAAUAAAUUAAUGUUAAACUUUUGUUUUUUUAGGACAAGACUACCUUAUUGUUACUCAGAAGAUUUGGCAAUUGUUGAAUAUAUUGUAAAACACAACCAUGCAUUCGACAUAACGGGUACAAAAUUGUGGCAUAAGAUGGAGCGUGAAAAUGUAAGAUUAAUACAAAUAACAAAUUUAAAAAGCAAAUGAAUAAUUUGCUUGCAUAUAUUUAAAUAAUAAUAAUAAUUUCAAUAUUUCAUUCAAAUUAAUUAUCAGUUGUAUAAUAUACAGUGUAUUAAAUUUUCUACUUAUAACAAUAUCACUUUGUAUAUUAUAGGUGUGCAAAAUUCGUUCAUGGCAGUCCAUGAAAGAAAGAUACCUCAAACAUAUUAAAUGGGAUAUAAAUGUAGGAGGACAAAAAUAUCCAUCUCUGAAACCUGAGGAUGUGAAAUUAUUAAAACAAGGGUAAUUUUAUAUCAUAAAAUAAUUGGUUUUUAUUUAAUUUUUUUUUAAAUUUCAAUUUCAGUUUAAACAUUCAAUCAAUAGGAAAACGGGAAAAAGAAUUAUUUCUGUCAAAAACUCAUGGCCGGUUAUUAGAUCCUAAUGAUUGCUAA